UCUGGGAUCCGAAGAACACGCUUCUCGACUUGUAUUCCUUCAGAUGGAUUUCCUGGACGACUCCAAUUUUUCCGUGGCGGACACCAACUUGACGUCACCAUCAGUUCUGGACGGAACCCUUCACUGCAGCGUCAUCCUCCCUGUCAUCUUCAGCAUCAUCUGCGUUCUGGGCAUAAUGGGGAACUUCAUCGUGAUCUACACUAUCAUGAAGAAGACCAAAUGCCGAGCCAGACAAAGCGUCCCGGACAUCUUCAUCCUGAACAUGUCAAUAGUGGACGUGCUGUUCCUCCUGGGAAUGCCUUUCCUGCUCCAUCAGCUGCUGGGCGACGGGACCUGGCAUUUCGGAGCCACCCUCUGCACGGUAAUCACGGCCCUCGACUCCAACAGUCAGAUUGUAAGCACAUACAUCCUCACGGCAAUGACCUUUGACCGCUACCUGGCUACAGUCCAUCCUAUCCGCUUCAACUACAUCCGCACGCCGUACGUGGCGGUGCUGGUGAUCGUCCUGGUGUGGGUCCUGUCCCUGUUCACCAUCAUGCCAGUGUGGAUGUAUGCCGGCCUCAUGCCGCUCACCGAAGACUUGGUGGCCUGCGCUCUCCUACUCCCCAACCCGGUCACCGACACCUACUGGUUUACUCUCUACCAAUUCUUUCUGGCCUUCGCAAUUCCUUUAGCCAUCAUCUGCGUUGUGUUCCUGAAGAUCCUGCAGCACAUGUCCACCAGCGUGGCGCCCCUGCCGCCUCGCAGUCUGAGGGUGCGCACGAGAAAAGUCACCAGAAUGGCCGUCACCAUUUGCCUGGCCUUUUUCAUCUGCUGGGCGCCUUACUACAUCCUGCAGCUGGUCCAUCUCGGAGUGCAGAAGCCCAGCAUCGCCUUCUCUUACGCCUACAACAUCGCCAUCAGCAUGGGCUACGCCAACAGCUGCAUCAAUCCCUUCAUUUACAUCAUGCUCAGUGAGACUUUCAAGAGGCAGCUCCUUCGAGCUGUGCGGCCCCUCAACAGGAAGUUUCAAGUGAAUCCCAGCACUACGGAUGGAGGGAGUCUGAGUGUCAGGAUGGUACCUGAGGAAGCUCAGCAGGAGAACCCGGCGAGCGAGGUGAUGCUACCUUCGAAUAAGGAGUCUGAGUAA